AUGGCCACAGGUCAAGAAUCAUCCAUCCGUGCCCCGCCCAAACCUCUCACCGGUAUCCUCAAGACCAGCAGCGACAAGCCGAAGAAGGCGAAGAAGGCGAAGAAGCGCAUGAUGUUGGACGACUUUGACACUCCGGCAGAGGAGUGCAGAAACCCCUUCGAGGACGACGAAGACGACGACGAUGACGAAGAGGGGGGACGGGCCGAUGAAAUUAAUGACGACGAUGAAAGCGACGAAGAUGAUGAGGACGACGAGGCGGACGAGGAAGAGCUGCGCGAGCAAAAGAAGCGGUCGCGCAAAUCCAAAGGCGCUGCGCCCAAACGACCCGCCCAGAAGAAGCCCAAGACACAUAACAUCUCGCUGCCCUUCAGAGCUGCCCAACCAGCGGCGCGCAAACGAGCGACCAAGAAAGUCAAAGCGGUUGACUCGGCAGACGCGCAGGCCGCGGGCGGCUUGUAUGCGGACAUCUUCGCAGGCGACAAACCGUCCGAGGAAAUCGUGGCGGCAUGGAUGAAGGCGUUCGAUCGACACGAGUCGCGCGCGCUCGCGGAUGUGAUCAAUUUCGUCUUGAAAAGCGCGGGUUGUGAUAUCAAGAUCACUGAGCACGACAUUGAAGAUGUGGACGGUGCCACAAGCAGGCUCACCGAUAUCCAGGAUGAAUACAUGGCAUCGGAACCUACAGACUAUCCUUUGAUCGCCAAGGGUAGAGGUGCGGUGUCUUUCAAACAGAGUGUGGCCGACUUUGUUGUGACUUUUGUCAAAUCGGUCGCGGCUAAUGGCUUGCUCUUCUCCAAUCCCGAGUUGAUUGAGAAUAUCGAAGUUUGGUUCUCCACCAUGACAUCAGCUGCAAGCCGCUCCAUCAGACAUACCUCCACUCUGGCAUCGCUGAACGUCAUCACAGCGCUCUGUGAUGUUGCCAAAGAGCUCAAGGAUAAAUCUAGCAAUGCCACGCGUCAAGCCGCGUCAGAGCGCAAGAAGAGCCGGGUGAACAAGGACCGCGCGAAACAAUUGGAUGCCAGCGCGAAAAGCGCCAGCGAACAGUACGAGUUUGUGGAGGGGCUGAUCAAAGAUUGGUUCGACGUGAUCUUCAUCCACCGGUACCGUGACGUGGACGCUGCGAUUCGUCGCGAUUGUGUGGAGGCGAUAGGAGACUGGUUCAUGAUUAUGCCCGAUAUUUUCUUCGACGGGCACCAUCUACGAUACCUCGGAUGGGUCCUCAGCGAUCAGUCUCCAGCGACGCGUGGUGAGGACGUUAGGCAAUUGCGCAGAUUAUACAGUGACGAUACGAAGCUCGCGGGUCUCAAGACAUUCACAGAGCGCUUUCGAUCACGCCUGGUCGAGAUCGGAACAGCCGACUCGGACGUCAAUGUCCGAAUUGCUGGCAUUGACUUGCUAGACGUCCUACGCGAGAACGAGCUCCUCCAACCAGACGAUAUCGACGCUGUGGGUCGCAUGAUCUUCCACGAUGACCUGCGAAUUCGAAAGGCAGUAGCUGGGUUCUUCGCCGAGAACGUCAACGAUCUAUACACAUCCAAGCUGGAGAGCCUGGGCGGGCUCGACAAUCUUGAAGAUUCUUUGCCAGAAACCACAGAAGGCAACUAUUCAGCGCCACGGUUGGAAUGGCUGCGAUACAAAGCUCUCGCGGAGAUGUUACAAUCAUAUGACACAGACGACAGUCUUCCUGAUCACGUUGAGCGCAGCAAGAUUGAUGGCGCACUUUACCUGAACGUGACUGGGGUUGAGUCGCGAUUCUCAUUACCAGUGGCAGUCCUAUAUCCGAAGAUCGCCGAACUUGAAGACUGGCUUGCACUGGCAGGUUAUCUCCUUUUUGAUCACUCGACGAGGAAAAGCCAUCGAGCAACUGACGACGCCCUCACUCAAUUGAAGAGCGAAUGCAUCACGACGGAGACGGAGGAAAUCAUCCUUCUCGAAGUCCUGAACGCAGCCGUCCGCUUGAGCCUAGAGGAUCUUGCGGACAAAUCAUCGACCUCGAAAGGAAAGCUGACCAAACAGCAGCGUGAGAAUUUACAAGAUGAGCAAGAAGAGAGCGUAAGGCAUUUGAUAGAAUUAAUACCACAAUUACUCAAGAAAUUCGGAGGAACUCCGGGGACCGCAGCGGCGGUGCUUCGAUUGGAGAGCGUCCUCGCAUCGACAUCACUUCAAAAUCUCCGACAAAAUUCCUCGACGUAUGGCGGACUCCUCGACGAUCUGAGCAAGCAGUUCAUGUCACAUGGAACAGAUGAAGUGCUGGCUCCGGCCACCGCAGCAAUCUUUCACGCGAGAUCAUAUGGCGAAUUGGAUGAUGUCACAGCAGAUAAGCUUGCUGGCCUAUGGGAAGAUGUAAUCAACAAUCUGUCAGAAUUGCUGAAUCCUGCUACAAUCGCCGUACGCGGAGCUUCUAAAACAGAAGAACUCCUGGCCCUGGCAAACAACUUACGUCGCACUUUCCGCCUCAGCAUGAUCAGUGAUUGCACGCAGCCGUUAGAGGAUACUGGCGUGGCUGCUACGAACACUGCCGCUGGCAAGGAAUACCACGGCGCCAUCGACUUCCUGAUCGAUCUGAUCCUGCGAGCGGUACCAUCAAGUGGGCCCAACCUAGAUGCCGAAGAAGCAGCACUCGAGGAUCAGGUCGCCGCUCGUGCGGCAGAGGCGGCAUUACAUUACUUCCAGUGGAGCGUGAAAGCGCUGAUAGCGACCAUCACCACUGGCACUGACACUGAGAUUCCUUACAAAGUCCUCGAAGCUCUGGCUGAGCGGCGCGAUGCAUACGUGACAAACCUGGCACAAGUCCUAGAAAAGCGAAAACCGUCCGAAGAGGUCUGUGUGGCUGUGGCAGGUUGUCUGUUGGAUCUCUACACCGUCUCAAACGUGUUGGGCACCGUCACAGCCAAGCCCGGCAUGAGCGAUGACUACACCGUUUUGAUCAUGGAUUUCGAAUACGCGGACAGCACGAUGAAGGUGUUCCUCGCGCUGGAGAAGACCGUCGCCAGACUCUCCAACAAACAACUCGACGCACCCGUCUCCGAGGACAUCGAGGACGCCGACGCCGAGCCCAUCGACGACGACCCCAUGUCUGACAUCGAAUCCGACGCCGACGACGAGGACGCCGACGGCCCCGCCGCCCAACAGACCCGCGAAGCCAAACUCCUCAAACCCCUCCUCGCCCAAAUGCACCUCUGCAAAUACACCAGCAAACUCGUCCUCGCCAUCAGCGCCGGCGUCAUCCGCGACAAGGCCCUCCGCAAACGCCUCGAGCUCAACAAGACGAAACUCGGGCCCAACUUCAAGGAAGUCCUCGCCUUCCUCGACGUACCCAAUAUGCAGCAACGUCUCCUCAAGAGCGGCGGCGGCGGCGCAAAGGGAAAAGCUAAACCUUCUGCGACCCUAGCCAAGAAAUCCCGCCCCGCGCCCAAGAGCAAUGCCAUCGUCGGCGAGGACGACGAGGACGAUGAGAUUGAGGACGACGGGCCCGAGGAGGAAGCGAGGCAGCGCGCGCUUCAGGAAGAGGAAGAGGAGGCCAUGGGCGAUGCGGACGAUGUCGAGGAAGACGGCGAUGCUGCGGCGGCGGCCGCCGAGGAUGAAGACGAAGAGAGUGUCAUUGGCGAUUGA